UUUGUGUGUGUGUGUGUGUGUAAUUCUGUGCCUCUUACUGUGAGGCCCUGGAGCAUUUGUACUCUAGUUGGUGCCUCAACAAAUCUAAUUAACUUGAUGUUCCUCUGGGUGAGUCCCAGUCUAAUCUUUCAGGACUCACUUCACUUAACAUUCAACAGUUACUGACUUCACACACACCCCUACCUUCUCUCCUUCUCAGGUAACUGGGGUGCUGCUUAUCAACAGUCACACAGAAGUGUUGCUCUUUAAACACAGACGACCUUGGGUGACGUGGAAAAGAACAUCCUGGAAGACUCUGGUUGCAUUCAGAAAGUCACCGGAAGAAGUGAGAGCUUCCUCUUCCUGCCAUCUCCUACCGUCUCCAAGAAGGAACCAUGUGUGAGGUCAACAGGACUGAUAUUGCGAAUAAGCCGCACUUGGUGCCCCUGGUGGUGGUUCUGAGCACCAUCUCCCUUGUUACCGUGGGGCUCAACCUGCUGGUGCUCUAUGCUGUGAGGACGGAGAAGAAGCUGCACACUGUGGGCAACCUGUACAUCGUGAGCCUCUCCGUGGCCGACCUGAUUGUGGGCGCGGCGGUCAUGCCUCUGAACAUUGUGUACCUGCUGAAGUCUCUGGUGCGGCCCCUCUGCCUCUUCUGGCUCUCCAUGGACUACGUGGCAAGCACGGCCUCCAUUUUUAGCGUCUUUAUCCUGUGCAUUGACCGCUACCGCUCUGUCCAGCAGCCCCUCAAGUACCUACGGUACCGCACCAAGACCAGGGCGACAGUCACCAUCCUGAUCACCUGGUUGCUGGCCUCCCUGUGGAUCAUCCCUAUUCUGGGGUGGAGAAGCUUUUGGUCAGAUAACAACACGAGCAAGUCGUAUGAUAAUGUCUUUGGGGACAAAUGUGAGACAGACUUCUACAAGGUCACUUGGUUCAAGGUGAUGACUGCCAUCAUCAACUUCUACCUGCCCACCUUGCUGAUGCUCUGGUUCUAUUCCAGGAUUUACAGGGCUGUCCGGCAGCAUUGCCAGCACCGAGAAUUCAUCAACGGGUCCUUCCCUUCUUUCUCAGAGGGUACUGUGAAUCACAAAAAACACAGGAUCUGCCUCCCAAAGCAGGGGAAAGAUGCCAGCCUGGAGGCUUUGAAAAGGAAACCAGAAGACAACUUCUAUCCAAUUAAUAACAGCAUCCCCCCAAAGACCCAGGGCCCAGCAAAAGAGUUGCCUCCAGAGGAGAAAGCCCCUAAAGGUUUUGAACAAGAGGAAGAGGAAGUGGUGGUCAAAGAUCACUACUACCAUGUUGACCUUGUGCAGGCUCAACCAGGGAUGGAGGAGACUGAAAAAUACAUGUCCAUUCAUGAGAGCCAAUCAAACUCCAAGGAGCUAUCUCCAGCCACUCAAUAUGCCAGUGAGACAUCUGAGGAGACCAUAUUUGCUGAAGCACCCUCCAACCCAAUAGACUCCAAUGCUAUUGCUGGAUCAGCCACAGUCAUGUCUCCUGAAGACCAAGCCAAGACCAAAGCAACCUUUGGUCUGGAUUAUCUGACAUUCACCUGGAAGAGACUUCGCUCCCAUUCCAGACAAUACAUAAAGGGUUUACACAUGAAUCGGGAGCGGAAAGCUGCCAAACAGUUGGGCUGUAUCAUGGCAGCCUUUAUUCUCUGCUGGAUCCCAUACUUCAUCUUUUUCAUGGUCAUUGCUUAUUGCAAACAAUGCUGCAAUGAGGAUGUCCAGAUGUUUACCAUGUGGCUGGGCUACAUCAACUCUACCCUGAACCCCCUCAUCUACCCCCUCUGCAAUGAGAACUUCAAAAAAGCUUUCAAAAAGAUUUUCCACAUUCGCUCCUAAAGGGAAGCUUCAGGGGUGGGUGUAGAGAUGAAAAUGACUUUGAAGGAAGAAAUAAGUGAGGACAGAAAGAUUUCUUAAGAUUUCCAGAGUCACCAAACUUUCUAGGGUUUCAAGAGGAAGUACAUGGCUAGAAGACUUGGCAAUCUCCUCCUGCUCACCUGAUGUAACACAGAUGAGUGGUUGACAUUGGAUUGAAUUAUAAUUGAAAUUUAAAAGUUCACGGUAUUUCAGGCAAAAACGCGGGACUCUUGACCCUUUCAGGGCCUCCACUGAGUUUCAGGAUUUGGACUAUGACUCUGAUAUCUAGGAGGUGGAUUAAAUGCCUUGUUUUCUAUGGCCUCAAACCCAAGAGGUGACCAGAACCUUAGAGGAGCUCUGAGAUGGUGUGACUGAGAACUACACUGAGUGUUAGUUAAUACUGGAACUUGCAUAGGUAUAUGAAACUGUCACUUCACCUGGGGAGGCAACCCCUAUCUUCAUGGGGUUGUGAUUGCUCCAACAAUUUGGGGACUUCCCUUGGGGAGUUGCCGGAUGACCUCUAAGAACAUUUCCCAAUUUAGCUUUAAAAGGCCAAGGUCUCCCACUUCAUCAAGGGCCAUCUCCAGUCAUCAUGAACUAUAUCUGGCCACUGGAUCCAGAUGGCUGUGGAGGGGAAAGUGAGGCAGGUGACCUUGCCCAGCUCUCCCUCACUUAAAUCCAAUUCAUUUGCAUGUCAUGGCGUCAUCUCCCUGAUGUCAUGGUCCUCUUUGAGAACGAAGGACAAACAACAAGAAGAAUGCUUCCAGUUCAGAAUCUGUAAUCAUCUUUAACUAGUUUACAAGCCACUCCAAAUAAUUUUUUAAUUAGUGGUGUUGUUUUAACAUUAUAUGUAGCUUUCAAUCCUCUCCCAUCCCCACAUAAAAUACAGGAUUCCCCAACUUUGUUCCAGAAUUGACUCCAAAUGGCUUUUGGCUUUUUGUUUCCAAAAAUAAAAUCUACCUUCUAAGGAUAAUAAUAAUAAUUGAUGAUUCUUUAGUCUGUUAAAGGUUACAAAGCACUUUACUCAUUCUUGCUUCAAAAUUCUUUGAAAAAGGUACUGGAGGUAUUAUCAUUCCCCCUUACACAUGAGAAAACUGAGAUUAAGUUAAGUGAUUUGCCAAGAUCAUGUAGCUAUAAAUGUGAGAAACCCUGAGCUCAUCUUCCUAACCUCAUGGUUGAGCAUAUUGUCCACUCUACUACCCUGAUUUUCAAGGAAUGAUUAUGUCACCUUUGAAGGAAUCCCAAAGAACCAUCGGCUCAGAAUGACAUUACAGAUGAGUCCCCAUGACGUACUGAACAAGGGUAGUCUCACUGCAAUAGGCAUGUGACUUUCCAAUGAGACUAUUUUAAUGGGGACAACAACCCUCUUGAAUGUAUUAGUGUUAAUCUAUUUGUUAAAAAAAAAAAAAGCCUAUUAUUUGUUAAAAGUCAGUCAGUCAGUCAAUGAGCAUUAUUAAAUGCCUAGAUGUGCCAGGUACUAUGCUUGGUGCUAGAGAUUCAAAGCCUAUGAUAGUUUCUACUAGUAGGGAAGAAAACAUGUAAAUAACUGUUUUUUUUUUAAACUAUAGACAGGAUAAAUAGGAGAUAAUCAGCAGAGGGAAGGCACUAGCAUUGCUAAGAGUUAGAAAAGGCUUCUUAUAGAAAGUGGAAUUUUAGCUGGAACUUAAAGGAAAGCCAGGAAAACUGGAGGGGAAUGGCAGAAAUGACGGGGAAGAAAAUAUUACAAAUAUCAGGGACAGCCAGAGCUGGAGAGAGAGAAAAAAAAAAACACAGAAUUGUCGAAUUAUAGCUGAAAGGGACUUUAGUCAUCAAAUCCUACCUUAUCAUUUUACAGAGUAGAAAACUGAGGCCCAGGUUGGUAAAAAAAUGACUUGUCCAAAGUCACACAGGUAAUAAGCAGUAGAACCAGAUUCAAAUCUUAAGUACAUUAUUCCAGUAAAGCAAUGAUUACUUUCAAGUCAGAGGAACUGGAUUCAAAUUCAAGUUCUGCCUCUUCCUAGCUAUCUACCAGUUACAUUUAAGGUUUGCAAAGCAAUUUAAGUAUUAUCCUUAAAAUAAUCCUACAAAUUAGAUGUUACUGCUAUCUCCAUUUUACAGAUGAGGAAACUGAGGCUUAAAAGAGAUGACUUAAUUGAGAUCACAUUGGUAGUAAUGGCCAAAGCAGAAUCUGAAUUCAGAUCUUCUUAUCUUGAAGUCUGGUAUUCCAUCCACUAUCUCACCUAGCUGACUUUUGGAAAGAGGACUUAACCUCUCAGUCUCUUUUCCUCAUCUAUAAGAUGGGGUGAAGAAGGGUUAAACAAGAUGGUCUCCAAAAUUCUUUAAGUUCUAAGUCAUGAUACUGUGGUUUUUCUUAGAAUUUCCAACAAGGGGCAGAAACAGGUUAUCAAUAGAGAACCAUCCUGACAGUUAAGAAAAUCCAGGUUCAAGUCUAGCCUCUAACACAUAUUGAGUGUGUGCAAUUGUGCAAAUCACUUAACUUUUCAGUGGCCCAGAAAACAGUUUUCUGAUCUGCAUCAUUACAAUGAGGUUUCCAUACUGGGAGUUGCCUAUGCUAAUGAUCUCACAGGACCAAAACACCUAUCCUUCCCCCCACCAAAAAAAAAAAAAAAAAAAAGUUGCCAUCUAAAUGUGAUUUAUCAUCAGAAAGCUCAUAUUAGGAUGUAAUAAUACACACUGAAAACAGGAGUCAUCUGCAAAAUCUUGUGUUUUGUUUCUUGUGCUCGUGCUUAAAUGCUUAUGAUACACAGUGCUUAUAUAGUUUAAAUAUGAAGUUUAAGCUAUCCUGUUACAAUGCCUGUUUAUUUAUUGAUAUUUAGUGGAGUUUACCUUGUACUUCUGAGGGACGUCAGAAUGUACUGCCAAAUGCUACAAGGUUUGUGUCCAAUUUCAUUUGUAAAAUUCAUUUAAAAAAGGAAUUAUUUUUUAUUAAAAAAAAAAACUUCUC